UAAUGUUUACAAAAGUUUUAACGAUUAAAAUCAAAGCACAACAUCAUAUCAUCCAAUUUCAUUCCCGCCCUGCCAAUACUCUGCAUUGCCAAAAUCAGGUAAUAUUGUUUACUCAAACUUUACUAAAACGAUGGUAGGCCAGCAAUAUUUCAGGAUAAACAUACGCAAGCUUAUUUGGGAAAUGCUUCUAGUUAUGCUAAUAGAUUUCAAGGAAAAAUCAAAAUUAUUUAGUAUCAUGAGGUGCAUUUGUAACUCUGAUCGUCUAUACGGUUGAUAUUUAAACAUGUGUAGGGGCUGUCGAAUGACUUCUUAAUUUUUAGGUCAGGUGGCCUAUUACUAUUGUCUGCGUCCUUCCUCCUGCGUUAACAAUUCAAUUAAAUACACCUUAAAAGGGUUUAUCAAAUCAGCACGAAAUGAUUUAAUCAUGAACGAUAUGAUGUAUUUUAAAAGUACACAUGUCAAAAAGGCAAUAAUAUGCAAUUUCGGAGAGAAAAUAUCUAUCUAUCUAUCCAUCUAUCUAUCUGGGCGUUUAGUGUUCCUGGCUUUUAGUGAUUUAUCUAUCUGUCUAGUUAUCUACUUUAUUUUGCAGAGUACAUUAUCAAGAUUCCCUUGUGAAGGACCAUGUAUUUCAACGCAGGAUCAUUCUGUUUUGUCUUUACGGCAUUUUUGCAACAGUCGCUAGCAUUCCACUGCUCUUCUGAGCCAAAGUGUCGAUGUUUCUACGAUAAAAGGAUGGUGGUUGCUGAAUGCAGUGGACUUAAGCUAUUGCACGCUCCAAGAUUCAAUGAAAGUGUUCAAAGUAUCGAUCUAAGCACUAACCGUCUCUCAGAAAUACCUGCAGAUAUGCCUCCAAACAUCAUUUCCCUCAACAUUGCCGAGAACAAAAUCAUAGACCCUAAAAAAGAAGUUCUUUCAAGAUACAAACAUUUGCGAUGGUUGGAUAUCGGAAGGAAUUGUUUAUGGCAAAGGCGUAAAACAUGGCCUUCUCGGUUUUUUGAAAACCUGAAGCAACUGGAAACAUUACUCAUGAAAGAUGAUUGUGUCGCAAUCAAUGUUACGGAUAUGAAAUAUUCACACGAGUGCUUUUAUGGAUUAUCGUCUUUAAGAUACAUUGAAUUAAAUGGGCUACGUGCUGGUAACUUCGGGGAUGCAUUUGAUAAAAAUAAUUCUAUUCAAAUUCUUGUCUUGUCGGGACAGGAGUAUUGUUAUCUUCAGGACAUCAGAACAUACACCUUCAACGUUUUCAAAAAGUUGACAAAACUGACAUUGCAUAAGUGUUUUCUUACAAAUAUCGAGAAGGGGGCUUUUGCACACAUGAACAAUCUCGUUCACCUGGACAUAUCAAACAACAAAAACCUUCAUUUAUCCGUGUUACCAAAUAUCACUUACGAUCUUCGAAAUUCGAAACUACAGACUCUCAUCGCAGAUAGCCUUCAAUGCUUUGGUGGACUAUCACUUAUUUUAACUGUAAAACACAUAGAGAACCUCCAAAAUACUUCUUUGAAAAAAUUUUCGUUAGCAGGAAACAGAAUUGCCAUAAUUGAUAAAGAUAUUAUGAAAUAUUUACCAAAAUCAUUGACAAAUAUAAACAUCGGAGACAACAUGCUGCAGUUUGGAUCCUACAUUUUUCAAGGUUCAUUUCUUCCAAAUUUAGAAAGGCUUGAUGUUGAAUAUACCGGAAGUUAUAGACCGGGAUUUCAAAUAGGCUGUAACACGUGUUCUAACUCCUGUUGUACCAAGACAGCAAUUGUCAACGUUUCUAACGCUAUCAUAAAUGACCCACCGAAGCCAUAUUUUAUAAUACGACUGCCCCCGAAAUUAAAAAUUCUAAAUAUUGCCAAUCAGAGAAUUUCUCACACUGUUUUAGAACUUGGGUUCUUCCCACAAAACUCUUUAACACAUCUGUAUGCCCAAGGGAAUUUUUUCUAUUCUAUACAUCAUAUAACCGGAAUUAAGAAUUUGGAAUACGUUAAUUUAUCGAAUAACUUCUGUUCCAGUAUAACCAAUCAAUCUUUUCAAAAUAUGAGCAGUUUAUUAUUUCUCAAUUUGUCUACAAAUCUUCUAGGAAAAGAAUUGAGAAGUCAAAAUGUAAAUGAUAUGCUUCAUUUUCCUCCCCAUCUGAGAGUACUUGAUCUCUCGUAUAACUGGAUAACGACCUUAGCCCUUGACUUGUUCGCUGUCAGUAGAGAUCUUGAGUCCUUAAAUUUGAGUAAUAAUGAGAUAGAAUCCGUGUCAUUUGAUUUGUCUUCUUCUUUAAAAUUGCGUGAAAUAGAUCUCUCCUUUAAUAAAAUCGUGAAGUUGGAUUCCGCAUCGAUGAAAAAUUUAGACUUUCCCAGAAAGACCCGCCUGAGUAUCAAUCUGGCAAACAAUCCUUUGGUAUGCACUUGUCAAAGCCUAGGAUUCCUGGAAUGGAUGAAAGAAUCAUUAAAUAAACACUUCCUAGACCAAGAUAAAUACACGUGUUCAUUUAGCAACAGCACAAAGACUACCUUGGGUGAUUUGGAUCAAGUGAUAUCUACAUUAAAACGCGAAUGUAAAUCCUAUACAACAUUAGUUGUCGCUGUAACUGUUAUUUUACUUGUAACAAUAGUUUGUUUUUCUCUUGCUAUUAUGUAUAGAUAUAGAUGGAAACUACGAUAUUUAUAUUACGCAGGGAAGCGAUCUUCCAAAGGAUACUCAAAGAUAUUAGAGGAAGGAAGGGAAUACCAUUUUGACGCCUUUAUUUCAUACGCCGAGAAUGAAAGACAAAUCUUAAUUCCAAACCUAUUGAAGGUGGAGAAGGAAAAUACUUUCAAAUUUUGUAUUCACAGCCGCGACUUUAUGCCUGGUGUGGACAUAAGUGAAAACAUAACCAAUGCUAUUCACUUUAGUAGACGAACUAUCGUUUUCCUGAGUGAAGCCUUUCUUGGAUCUGAAUAUUGCAUGUACGAAAUCCAGAUGGCGCGAAUGGAAAGUAUAUCUCGUGGGGGAGAAAACGUUCUUUUCAUUGUUCUUCUGGAUGAUCAUCUCAGAAACAUUCCAAACUUUCUAGAGGAUCUAUUAAGUGAACAGUCAUACCUUCCAUACGAUAAACAAAUCCCGGAAGAGUUCUGGAAUGCGUUGACUCAAGUUUUGAAAAACAAUUAAGAUUUGUUUUAAACUUUCAUCAUUCAGAAUUAUCGAAAUAGAAGAAAUCUGAAAGGACUCGUGUAUAUUGAGCUGAAGUAUACAUUAUUAUUUAUGUACCAUUUAUUAUGGUUGUAUA